AUGUCUACAAAAUGUGGAGCUUGCGAGAAGGCUGUCUAUGCAGCGGAAGAACGAAGAUUCGGAGAUGUCGCUUAUCAUAAGCAAUGUUUCAAAUGCUCAAUGUGCAACAAGCCAGUGGAUAGCACAACUGGAGCCCAGCAUCAAAGAACUCUCUACUGCAAGACUUGCCACGGUCGUGAGUUCGGACCCAAGGGUUAUGGCUUCGGUCAGGGAGCUGGUGUUCUCAACACUGAGAAGCCUCAAGGUCAAGGUGCCGCUGAGGGAGGUGCCGCUGGUGCACCAAAGCAAGGUCAGCCAAGAACCGUCAGCCCAAGCUCUGGUGGAUGUCCCCGCUGUGGCCAACGUGUCUACGAUGCUGAGAAGGCCAUUGGUUGUCCUGGUGAUUUGAAAUUUCACAAGCGUUGCUUCCGCUGUCAGACUUGUGGCAAAUCUCUGGAUUCUACCAAUCUCGCUACGAAGGACCUUGAAAUUUAUUGCAAAACUUGCUACGGAAAGCACUUUGGACCAAAAGGCUUCGGCUUCGGACAAGGCGCUGGCGCUCUUAACAUGGGCUAA